AUGGAUUCCGGUGAAAUUGCCCGAAUCAUUCAAGAAGGAAUUACAGCUGGUCUACAAUGGAAUGCUCGAGGGCCAAUAGGUUUCACCCCUAACACUCCAUUCACGCUAGAGAUAUUGUCAUAUCCCUUGCCCGACAGAUUCAAAUAUCCCCGCAUUAAGGAAUAUGAUAGGACGUCCGACCCCAUCAACCACCUCAAUGUAUAUACUGACGUCAUUAACUUGCAAGUUGCGCUAGAUCAGGUUAUGUGCAAGGCCUUUCCACAAACACUGACUAAUGCUGUUAGGGAUUGGUUCUCGACAUUGGAGCCCAACUUCGUAGUCUCAUUCUCAGAUUUGGCUGAUAAGUUCUCAACCUUCUUUGCGAGUAGCAAGCGAAUCAAGAAAACUGCAGCCUCUCUCAUGCAACUACGCCAGGGGCCGAAUGAAACCCUACGAGGUUUUAUGACAAGAUUCAACAAGGAAAGAGUUCAAAUACCCGACCUCCACAUUACAGCAGCAGUUUCUGCCCUCACCUAUGCCAUAAGGUGUGAAGUCUUCAAAAUGUCUUUAUCAAAGAACCCACCACAGACAGUGACCAAGCUCCUUAACCGAGCUGAAAAGUACAUCAAUAUGGAGAAGACGUUAAAUCCAAGGAGAGCGGGUCCUCCUCAUGAAAAGGUCGAAAACAAGAGGCAACAUGAUCCCAUUCCCCGGCAUGAGCAUCCUCGGGAAAAGUGGAGAAAUGAGGCGCCCUCAGCAUCUCUAACUCGGUUGAACACCUCUAAGACCAAUAUCUUGAUGUCGAUUAAGGAUAUGAAAGAAUUAAAGUGGCCUUCGAGAAUAAAAUCCCCCCCUAACACAAGGGAUAGGAGCAAAUAUUGCGAAUUUCAUCAAGAUCAUGGGCAUACCACGGAAGAUUCAUCAGGCGGGGACACAAGUAGUGGGCGAAAGCAGUAUGCCCGCCGACAUGCUCAUACUCUAAGAGAAUCCAGUGAUGAAGUUAAAGACAUCACUUUUGGUGUAAGAUAUUUGGAAGGAAUAUCAUAUCCUCGUGACGAUGCCUUGGUCGUCUCUGCGGUUGUGGCUAACUUCGAAGUGAAGAGGAUUCUGGUUGAUAAUGGGAGUGCAGCAAAUAUACUCUCGUAA